AUGACAAAGGCCUCCUCUGCACCCGCUAAAGUUGCUAUACAUCGCGCCUUAAACCCUCCCCAUAAGUAUGCUAUGAACAUUAAUAAGGUAUUAAUACUAGAAUCACUAUAUGAGCUGCUACUUAAUGGCCAGACAAACAGAGUAUCACUAGUACGACUGCAAACAGAUGUUAACAACCAUCCUAUGACUAAACAACUAUCAAGCCAGUGGCAAACUUUAAAGAUUAAUGAUAUUCUAGAUGUGAUAAAAGUUAUAUUCCCCAAGCAGACCUCCCUUUCUGACGGGCAGAUCAUAUUCUACAAUUUACAGAUAGUGGAAAUUAGAGAUACAUUACUAGAGGUAGUUAAAGAAUGCCAAACUGCUCUGGUGAAAGAGGUCAAGUUAUUGGAACAGCAGUAUCAUAGCAUUAAGAAUCAGGAUGAUAUGAAGUUGCGCCGGGAAAGGAUCAUGGGCAUGUAUCGGGAUACUAUUCUUGCGAAACUGCAAAGCUUUAAAUAUUUUCAUCCGCUAUAUGGUAAAGUGGAGCCCAGUCCCGUCGUUCAUAACUUGAUGGAUCUAGAGAAGAUCAAGGGAAUGUCUAUAGAGAAUUUAUCCCACCUGCAGCUGACGCUACAAAAGUGCAUAACAGACAGCGUAAUGCUUACCAAGGUUGGAAGCAAACGGUACCAGGAAGUUAUGCUCUCGCAAGGGGAACUUGACGAUACGGUGAAGUUUGUUAGGUACGCAAUGGACAAUUAG